AUGAGUCGUGACAAUCUUCCGCCGUCGCUAAAUUUCUCCGAGGAGGAGGAGAAGAUCCUUAAGUUCCAUAAUGAAAUUGGGGCCUUUAAAACCUCAUGCAAACUCUCUGCCAAGCGUCCACCGUUCACGUUUUAUGAUGGACCACCAUUUGCCACUGGAUUGCCACACUACGGACAUAUUUUGGCAGGUACAAUAAAGGACGUGGUUACGCGUUUUGCAUACAGCGAGGGCUACCACGUGGAGCGUCAUUUUGGGUGGGACUGUCAUGGUCUGCCUGUGGAGUACGAAGUGGACAAGUUGAACAACAUUAAUGGUCCACAGGAUGUCGAGUUGAUGGGCGUGGCAGCUUACAAUGCUAAAUGUCGCGAGAUUGUAAUGCGCUAUUCUUCGCAAUGGCGGACUGUCGUUCAACGCAUUGGUAGGUGGAUCGACUUCGACGACGACUAUCGUACAAUGUACCCCGCCUUCAUGGAAUCCGUGUGGUGGGUUUUCAAACAGCUCUAUGAUAAGGGUCUUAUAUAUCGUGGUGUGAAGGUGAUGCCCUUCUCUACGGCCUGCUCUACACCACUGUCAAACUUUGAGGCGGGUUUGAAUUACAAAGACGUCCAGGAUCCUGCCAUAGUUGUAUCAUUCCCUGUCGAAGGUCUUAGUGACAAUGCACCCAAUUCCUGCGUUGAAUUACUUGCUUGGACUACCACACCUUGGACUUUGCCCAGCAAUAUGGCGUUGUGUGUCAAUCCGGAGAGGGACUACGUCAAAAUCAGGGAUAAGGAUAGGAACAGGAUAUUUGUUAUGAUGGAGUGCCGCCUGGAAUGGUUCUACAAAAAAGCAGAGAACUACGAAAUUUUGGAGAAAAUGAAAGGCAAGGAUCUGGUUGGUUUGAAGUACAAACCCUUGUUCGACUACUUUGUCAAGCUUAAAGAGCUGAGUGGCGCCUUCCGUGUGGUUGGUGACAUCUACGUAACCGAGGAAACGGGAACGGGAGUUGUACACCAGGCGCCCUAUUUCGGUGAGGAUGACUUUAGAGUAUGUCUACGCGAAGGCAUUGUGACGAAGGCGAUGGCACCAGUGUGUCCAGUGGACGCAAGUGGUCGUUUCACAGCAGAGGUGGUGGAUUUCGCUGGGCAAUACGUGAAAGACGCUGAUCGGUCAAUCUGUCAACACCUAAAGCACGCUGGACGGCUUGUACAUCAAUCCACUCUUCAACACAGUUACCCAUUUUGUUGGAGGUCAGAUACUCCUCUUUUGUACAAGGCGGUACCGACGUGGUUUGUGCGUGUUGAGAGUCUGGUGGAUCGUUUAUUGGCCAACAGUGCGGCGACGUACUGGGUGCCUGAGUUCAUAAAGGAAAAGCGUUUUGCGAACUGGCUGAGAGACGCACGAGAUUGGGCCAUCUCACGCAAUCGAUAUUGGGGCACGCCUAUACCUUUGUGGGUGUCGGAGGACUUAGAGGAGGUGGUAUGCGUCGGCUCUCUUGACGAGUUGGAACGGUUAUCCGGCCAUCGACUCACCGACCUUCACAAGGAGUUUGUGGAUCCAAUUACGAUUCCGUCACGCAUGGGUAAGGGCGAGUUACAUCGCAUUUCGGAGGUGUUUGACUGCUGGUUUGAGUCAGGUUCGAUGCCCUACGCUCAGAUGCAUUACCCCUUCGAGAACGUAGAGCGCUUCAAUACGGGCUUUCCGGCGGACUUCGUGGCGGAGGGAGUGGAUCAGACCCGUGGAUGGUUCUACACACUCUUUGUUCUUUCCACUGCCCUCUUUGACCAACCGCCUUUCAAAAAUCUUAUCGUCAACGGCAUUGUACUUGCCUCUGACGGACAGAAGAUGAGCAAAAGGCAAAAGAAUUAUCCAGACCCGUGCAAAAUAGUGGAACAGUAUGGAGCCGAUGCACUGCGACUCUAUCUUGUUAAUUCCCCGGUGGUGCGUGCCCAGAGUCUGCGAUUUUCUGAAUCUGGUGUGCGCGAUGUCUUGAAGGACGUCUUUAUUCCUUGGUAUAACGCCUUCCGUUUCCUCAUGAAGUCGGGCAUCGAGCCUUGGGAGAGGGCUCACAACGCGACAUUUCGAGUGCGUCCAGAGGCGUGGCCGAAAUCCCGGAACCUGAUGGAUCGGUGGAUACUGUCCUUUACUCAGAGUUUGCUCUUAUUCGUGCGUACCGAAUUGCGAGCCUACCGCCUCUACACGGUGGUGCCGCGACUUGUGUGCUUCAUCGAACACCUUGUUAACUGGUACAUUCGCAUGAACCGGCGUAGACUGAAGGGCGAAGCAUCGACGGAGACUGGAGUGGCAACAGACACAGACGAGGAUUGGUACGGUGCACUGCACACUCUCGUAAAGGUCUUCUUCCAACUCGUUUUCGUGAUGGCGCCCUUUGCGCCUUUUUUCACAGAGUUCAUCUACCAGCGCCUCAAGACUAAACUUGACUUCUCCAAAUUUCCUCUUGAGGAACUAAGGGACGAUGAUUCAGGCGCUGUGGGAGAAGAUGGGGCGCCGGCAUCGGUGCACUAUCUUGUAGGUGUGUCAGCAGAGGGCAAGGGUAUUGACGAAGCCCUGGAGGCGCGGGUAGCAUGGAUGCAAGCAGCGGUGGAACUGGGGAGGAGUAUCCGUACUCGGCAUGACCUACCUCUUAAGGCACCCUUGCGCGCCGCCGUGGUGAUCCAUCCUCUUGCGGAAGCUCGUGAGGCUGUCAUCGCUCUUGCGUCUUACGUGACGGAAGAACUUAAUGUACGCAAUCUCACUGUCACUGACGACAAGGCUACCUACAAUGUGUGUCUACGUGCUCGUCUUAACCCCGCCCUCGGCGCGCGCCUUCGUGCUCGUCUUCCUCUCCUUGCUGCAGCUGUAUCCACCCUCCCACAAUCUUCUAUGGAGGCUUAUCUCACAACGGGUGAGAUGACAGUCCAUGGUGAGCUACUGAGCGGUGAUGACGUGACAGUCGACUACGUGGUUGGUGAAGAAGUCGACCUCGAGAACCGCGAUGCCAAAGCGAAAGGUUCGAAGGGCAAAUCAGUGGCGAUCGGAGGGGUGCCAUCAGGGGCGACGGAGGGACCCAAGUACGAGGCGCAUACCGAUGGGAAAGGCUUACUGGUGUUGUUGGACGUGCGAGCAGAUACGGCGUUGGAAGAAGAACGUUUGGCCCGCGAAAUCAUCAAUCGGAUACAACGCGCUCGCAAGAAGGGCAACUUGGUGCCAGAGGACGCCAUCCAGGUGGUAAUUUCGACGAACUCAGAGGUGCUUCCUCGUGUUCUCGCCUCCCACGCUGCACUCAUCGACUCCACCGUGAAGCAGCCAAUUGUUUGCUGUACCACUGCAGAUGCUGCCUUGUCGACGGCUACUGAGGCUGUUCAGACAAGGGGGGAGCGGCUAGGCAGCACUGUAGUCUCCGAUGCCACAACAAUCCCACCAGAUGACUUGGUUGUUACAAUCUUUCAUCGAAUCGUCGCUGCCCAAGUCGAGGUCGGCUACAGUAUCGCCAAUGCCACCGUCGCUUUGGAGUCACAGAUGCCCUGUGAACGUUUAAACACCAAAAGUUUGAAGGUCAGCUGUCCAGAAAUGAGUGGAACCAUCGACGUUUGCCUUAUGGACGUCGAUGGCAAGCAACUGAUCACUGGCGUUAUGGAGUUGCUUGAUGUAGUUCGGGGUGCGUUUGGUUGGCGCUCGGCGGCAAAUCUGCGAUUGAUGCACUCAGGGACGGAGCUCACUUGCAACUCAACGGUGAAUGUGCUCAAGUUGGCUGGAGAGGAGCUGUGCUUGGUGUAA